AUGCCGCCACCGACGAUGGGCGGGGCGUCGUCGAAGGGCAAGGAGGUUUCGAGGAGUAGCAAGUCUUCAGGGAGUAAGGAGUGCUCGAGGAGUACAGGGUCCUCGAGACGUAUGGAGAUGGACCCUCCGGACGUGCCCAUGGAUAUGGGAGAACCCGUCGAGAUCAUGUGCGAGCCGGCCUGGAUGAGCUCGCAGAUGCCGACGAUGCAGACUUUGUUUGGGAAGGAGGUAGAUGCUGGACGCGGCUCGUCCAAAGCCUCGAAGGGCAAAGCGAACGCGCUAUGGAACGCGUCUCCGCCCUCCACGCAGGCGUUGGCCUCCACAAGCAACGCUCCCGCACCAAUCACGACCCGACCCCCUACUUCCCGCAACCUCAGCCGAUCCACCUCCCGCUCAUCCGUGACCUCAACAUCCACGGCCACCCCGCACAAUGACCAACCCCGCCCGCCACCCGCCGCGCUCGACGAUCUCGUGCAGCGGGUGAAUACGAACGCCGCGUCGACGAUGCUCGCCAUCGACUCGCGCAUCAUCCGACAUGCGCAGGAGAGUGGGCGGCCCCUCACGUCGAUGAAGGCACGCGCGAUCGACAUAGGGUUCGCGGUGGACAAGUAUGGGAGGCCGAUGGGGAAGAGGGGGAAGGGGAAGGCGGUGGAGAAGGUAGCGCAGGGAGAUGCGCCGAUGGAGGUCGACCUGCCUCCUCCCGUGCCGUGUCCACAAGUUGCGGGAAGGGUUAAUGCGUUGGCGAGGAAGGAUUCACGAUUGAACGCGUCCAGCCUUCCAACACCGGCACCUUCGCGAACGACCUCUCUCAAUAAUGGCGUAGAAGGAGCUCUGCCCCUCCCUCCCCCACCAGCUGCGCACAAGUCCUCGUCGCCCGCUGUGUUCCAACAUCCUCCGCACGCUGCGCCGCAACCUCCCCCAUUCGCAGCACCCAAUCCCCAGAACGCUGCGCUGAGCCAUUCCCCACCAUCUCCGCAGAAGGGUGCCGAACCCCAAGCCAAACGCCGACGCGUCGAGCCCGAUGAGAAUAUCGGCUACCAACCUUCCCCUACGAUCCUCGCGCAUACGCCUGCCUUCACCUCUCAAGGAUCAGCCUUCUCCUCGCAAACCCCGCUGCUCUCGCAACGCAAACAGCUCGGUAUGCGGCCCGCACGACGAACGCAGCUGGAGAAGCCUGCGUCGGAUAAGGACAAAGACAGGGCGCACCCGCGACCCUUCCGCCCACCCCUCAUGGCGUCGCAGACCCCCAACGCGGAUGCGAAUCGCGUACCGCCCACAGCGCAUCCGCAGGGGAAGGCUGGGAAGCCGGCGUCUGGUGGGUUUUCAGCAAACGGAGCACCGACGGCAUCGUCCAAGGCGACCCCAUCUUCUGCUAGGAAGAACUCCUCCCCCACCAAGGUUCCAGCCGCGAAGUGUCGCUCGGGCCGACCGCCCUUGACUUUGGAGGAAGUACCCGACAGCGAGGAGGAGGAGGAUGACAAGCCUCUUGCGAAGAAGCGUGCACCCAAGCGGGACUCUUCUCCGCCCGUGGAGGCGGACACCUCGUUCGAUUGGGACGGAGCCGCCGCCGAGAUGGAUGCGAAGGGGAUGCUGUAG